AUGGACGAGAUCACUGUCAUCGUCGACCUUCCCUCGCCCUCCAAUCCAUCGUUCUGCGUAUAUGGUGAUACGGAACUGUACUUCGACUCCACAAGUACCUCGUCGAGUACCAGUCCAAUGGCGUCACCCUACGAUCUUGCCUUCUCAGGCGUAUAUGCCAGCCCAGAGUAUACCGACGGGUCGGGGGACGCGAACCAGACAGAGUCACAGCAGACAGCGUCUAAACCCGCGACGAAACGGAAGCGUGAGAACAGAUACAAGAACGCGCCACCGUCGGUCCUAUCUCGUCGGAGAGCCCAGAACCGGGCAUCGCAACGGGCCUACCGCGAGAGGAAAGACCAGCGCAUAAAGGACCUCGAGACCCUCCUGAGCGAGGCCGACCAGAAGAACGACGUGCUCAACCAGGCCUAUGCUAGCCUGCAGGCAGAGUACGUGAAGCUCAAGAGCGAUCAGGGCGCCGCACCUCAGUACCCGCCUCCGGGGCUGGCUUACGAUCCGACUAUCGGCGCGGCGGCAGGGGAGAUGGAGUUGUAUCUUUAUGACGAUCCCACGGCUGGCUAUACUAUGUGA